GCGAAGGUCGUUUGUGCUUAAACACACCAAGCAUCUGGGCUCCAUUCGCACCUCCCUCUCAGCCUAGUGAGGGGUCAUCAACCACUGGCUGGGUGCCGCUCUGAGCACUUAUCUCCCCACUCUUUGAUCCGCUGGAAAACGACUCUCGAGCCCAUUGCCAGUCUUUGUUCUCUUCGGCUGAUGAAAACCGGCACGUACUGGGCGCCUUGGGCACACAUGGCUCUCUCGUGCUCGAAGAAGAAAGAAAGGGAUAGGCCGAGAUGCCCGACGUCUCGGUGCCACACGCAAGCGGUCGCUGCCCUUCGAACCCAAAUCCAUGAAACCAUUAUUAGCACGAUGCGCAUGUCUCGGGGGGCCUUGAUAUUAUCUAGUCUGUGUUGUGAAUCACGAGACAGGUGAUUCCUUGCAGGAGACAUAUAGAGACCUCAUCAAUCCCGCAUCUCCAGGCUGGAAGGAACCUCUAGUCGUGAAUCUGUUGUAUCCUCAUCUUCCGCAUCUCCAACCAAGCCAUAUCGAAAAGGAGGGGCCGCUGUCAACACCAAACCUGAUAUGGUUAGCUUCAGGUACACAAAAAGCCAAUUCUGAAACUCGGCACUUUUUCUAUGGGCCAUCUGCCAGUUGGUCUGAGCGUCUUCUACUCCUCCUGGCUUCAGUGCUUCACAGUGCUUCACCAGUAUAUACUACAAUGGAUGCCCUUUGGUUUGAGAGGCUCAAGCCACGAAUUCGGGCCCCAAAACUGGGUAGCUGGGUAUCCAAGACGCAGUGCUGCCUUCUCGAUGAGUUGAUCUUUGACAACACCCAAUGGACUCCUAUAGUAUCCGAGUUACAUCCAAACUGAUCCGAUCCAGACUUGUUGCCUGGUACGGGAUGGUCACCUCGCAGACUGCAUGCAUAUGAGGUGGCGUCACGGCCCUCGAGGCUUGUUUUCAAGCUCGAUUCGCUGGAGAUUCAGACUUGUUCGCACAAGGCGCCCUGCUCUUGUUGUGGAGCAGCUUGCUUUCUCGUAUCGUGAUUAGACGGCGGCGGUAACGAAGCGCCGAACAAGCGAACGGAACACUAUAUAUCGAAAAUGAGGCCAAUCAGAACACGAACAAAUCGACGCAUCAGGAUAAUCCGAGUAUCCCUCAACAAAACGCCGUUUAUGUUAUUCGGCAGCUUCUGGUCCGUGCUGUGAAGCUGGAAUAUUUACAUAGCUGAGGUGUCAGCAACCUGUGUGAUGUCCUGGCCAAUAUCUGCCAGCUGGCGUUGAAACCAGCUGCCUAGACCUUGAGAUGAGUGGGGUGGUGUGCCUGGUCCACUUACCUUACCAUGCUGAUUACAUAAGAUCUUCAACAGGGGCCUGAGGUCUAACGUCAUUCCUUUGUUGGCUUGGGAUUCGACAACACUCACAGCUAAUUCUACGGACUCAUAAAACCGACCACCUCACCAUGACGGAUGAUUUUCAACAACUCCCAGAAGAGCUGGAGCUCGCCACUUCUGCUCAUGUCAAAUAUAUACAAAGCCUCAAUACGAGACAAGACGAGUAUGACUACUGGCUAACAGAACACCUGCGACUCAACGGUGUGUAUUGGGGUUUGACUGCCUUACACCUUCUCGGCGUACCCGAAGGCCUUCCACGCUCUGAGACCAUCGACUUUGUACUAUCAUGCCAACACGAAGACGGAGGCUUCGGUGCCGCUCCCGGUCACGAUGCACACAUGCUCUCUACCGUUAGCGCUGUGCAGAUCCUCGCCAUGGUAGAUGCCUUUGACGAGCUGGAGACUCGAGGGAAGGGGAAGGUGCUUGUAGGGAAAUACAUUGCCAACCUUCAGAACCGGCAGACUGGAACGUUUGCUGGUGACGAGUGGGGUGAAGAAGAUACUCGGUUUCUGUACGGUGCUUUCAACGCCUUGUCGCUUCUUGGUCUCAUGGACUUGAUUGAUGUCGACAAAGCCGUUGACUAUGUGGCGGCAUGUGCCAACUUUGACGGAGGUUACGGUGUCAGUCCCGGUGCUGAGUCCCACUCAGGGCAAAUAUUCACGUGUGUGGCCAGCUUAACGAUCGCCAAGAGACAGGAUCUUAUCGAUAAGGAGCGAUUAGGAAAGUGGCUGAGUGAAAGACAGCUCGCCAACGGUGGUCUGAACGGUCGACCAGAGAAGAAGGAGGAUGUCUGCUACAGCUGGUGGGUCCUGAGCAGUCUGGAAAUGAUUGGCAAGACACACUGGAUCGAUCGGGACAGGCUCAUCAACUUCAUCCUUCAAUGUCAAGACACUGAGAAGGGCGGUAUCUCGGACCGACCAGGUGACAUGGUGGAUGUGUGGCAUACGCUGUUCGGCAUCACCGGGCUAAGCCUGUUGGACUACCCCGGCCUGGAGCUUGUCGACGAGGUCUACUGCUUGCCCAAAUCGACCAUCACAAGAAUCUUCGGUCCAUGAGCUGCCUUCCUCAGUUAUACUUUUACAUAAUGCAAGCAGGCGCUCUGUUUCAUGAUUCUUUUAAGAUGCCCGUGUUUGCUUGAUUCACCUCUUGCAAUCUAAUAACCUGCCGACCUCUUUCAUGUUGGACAGGACACAAGGCAAGAGAAAAUUAACAAAGUUCGCCUCUCUUUUGUUGCUGUUGACCCCCAUACAGACAACGUGGGACAGUACUGACAUGGCCAGAAAUGUUGACUUGUCGACAGGAGGGAUCGAUCUCUCCCCGGCUGGCCAGCCCCUCAGCAUCUUGUCUACUUGCUUCAUCCUGAUCACACGCUUCUCGAUAGUACCUGGGCGUUUCGUCCCAGCUAUCAACAACAAUUAUAACGCUUGUUUUUAUGGCCGUCAAACCUCAUCAAAUUUCAAGUUCAGACAAGGAUCAUCGUUCAGAUCUCCAAACCAUGCUGAGCUGGUUUCUACAAGUGCACAUAUCUGCCUGACUAUUCAACGCAUCUCUUCUUUAUUUUGGUCUACUUUUUGGACCAGAAGCCAACCUUUCCCCCGAUCUCAGCAACCAGACAGCCUUUCUUCAAUCCUAACCUUGUUGCUUCUUUGCCUAGGUGGGAGCAAAGAUGGAUUGUUUUUGGACCGCUUGCUAAGGCACCUUCUGGGAUUGAGAUACAUGUGGGAUAUCUGGUGUGGUACUUGUGGAGACAUACGCUGGGUCAUUUGUUGUGGAAGUUGCUGGGUGAGGUGCGCUUCACGCCGGCCGGAAAGCAACAGAUCGUCGACCUCGACAUCGCUAACUACUCCCAAAUCUUUCUUCCCAUUACCACUCUUGCUUUCACUCGCUCACCUAUGAAGUUGCUCUUAAUAAUUUCCCCCGAGCAUUUCAUCACCUUUCAGCACUUGCGUUCGCUCGCUUGCGACUGGCAGACGAUGGUGCUCCCAAGCUGGAUAGGGUGAAGAGUUAACUUGAGAUGGAAAGCUGAAGUUUUGUAUGAUGUCUUUCGUCUCAAUUUUGCUUACAGGUGUAGACCAUAUUACAGAGCUUCGUUUGAUGU